AUGCUGAGAACACUAGAUAUUCUGCGACCGCAUAUACCCAAGCCGGACAAUGGAAAAACGAAUGGCAAAACCGCUUCCUCGACCACGACCGCACUAGAACUAGGCUUCUCCAAUCUGAAUUUACAGGACACGACUGAGGAUGAUGAGGGAGAUAUCGAACAACCCGUGGCUGUGAAAGACUUGCCUUCCGUCCCAGUAGUAGAUAUUAGCUUGGACGACGCGAAUGUGGAAGAAAACUUCUUCCUCGACAUCAAAAGUUUCCUAAGAGAAAUGCAGUCUAUUCGGAAGUAUGUCUUGGAGCGAUGGACAGGACAAUCCGAUCUCAUGACCAAAACCUUUGUCACCAAUACCGCGAUCGCAAUCGUGCGACAGAAAGAAUACGAGUUCGAUCAAAGUCUAUUGCGUCCACCUCAGUACCCAGCGGAUGAUUUUCCCGUCGGGUGCUUACCGGCUUUGCUUCUUUUUAGGACGUUCUAUCCAGAGAAACUUGGCGAUAAGAAAGGAGUCGACGGGAUCCUCUGGCCUGCUGACACAGCGAAAUUCUCCGGCAAACAACCUUUACUUUGCUUCUACCAUGUGUAUAAUGGCCUAAACAUCUUUGACGCUGACCUGAGGUUUGAUCAUAAGACCGAGUCCCCAGCUUCUAUUUUGGUACAUGAUCGCAGGAAAGAGGCCAACAAUCAACGCGUACACCCAAACGUACUCGACGCGCGGGACAUGGCUGCAGUGCUUUACGUUUUAGACCAACUGCCAUUGUUCACACAAGAUUUUUCGGAGGAUGAAUUAACACGCGGCGUUCGACACGUAGUCGAAGAUGAGGAAAUAAACAUUCCUUUUUGGGUCACGUUUGCUAUGCAGAUCCAGCUCGACAUCAAUGAUCUUCCGAAGAGUUCCUUGGGAGACCCGCUUAAGGAUCUACAACGAGAAGCGACGAAGACCUCCAUACUCGUCCAAGAAGUCAAGAGGCAUAAUAACCCACUUGUGGACGUUCAUCGGGGCGAAGAAUUCGUCGCGCUUGAGGCGGUCGUUGAAACACUCAAAGCCGGAGUCUUCACGGACGGCACUACCCGCUUACUACAAGCCGCCGUCAAGAACUCAUUGACGCAGCCGCAAAACUAUAACCUGGCACCAUUGUCAGAAACAGAUCCGCUUUGUCCAGGCAUCUCUCUCGUUGUAGAAAAGGGCUUGUACUGGCGCAGCCAUCACCUGAGAUGUGGUGUCAUCAUAUAUGUUCUACGAACUUUGGUGCGGCAAUUCGCAAUUGCGCAGGACGCCAGUCAUUGUCAUGUACUCGGCGUUGCUCACCUGUACAACAUAUGUCACAACCUAUUUCCUGGUGCUCCGCACUUCCCCGAUCUGGAGUUCUUCAUGCAACGACAGGACCUAGAACGAUUCUUCUAUGGGAAAAUACCACAGGAUAUUACGGAUGCUAAGAGACAGCUGGAGCUUAUUCAGUACGGCAUAACUGAUGCAAUCAAAGGCCACACGUACCGUACGAUCAGCCAAAUUGGGAAACGCCUUAUGCGAAGCAGAUUCAUCCAGAGUCCUUCUAACCUAGACUCUGUGUUAGAAGAUCGUUUUUGUCUGCACGACGAUCCUUUGACUCCACAGGAAGUCGAUGCAUCGACCCGUCGCUUUUUGAACAGUUUCGGCGAUAAAAAGCGAGAACAUGAGCGAAUGCGGCUGUUCAACUGGCCAGCUGACGCAGUCGGUCCCGAGGGUAAGACAUACCAUAGGCUCUUUUUCCAUGAAUACGACAAGAUAUGGGACCCUGUUCCGACCUUGCGGUCGGUAAUGCUAUGGCUCGAGGCGGAUGCCGUCAAUCUCAACUUCUGCACCCCAAAGCUUGUCCUCCUCUGCAGCGACAUCCUCCGGGACAUCUUGGACAUGUUUCGGAAAGACCCUGCUUUCGAGAAGGACUUUUUACAAGGACAGAACCAUCCCGAUCUCUUGGCUUUAACUGUUGUUCAUCGAAUUCUAACCCUGGCCGCCAACGAGACUAAGUUGCGUAAACGACAGCCAAGUCUCCCAGCGAAGAGGAUGGAGCAGCUACGCGAGGUCUACAACAUCAUGCAAAAGCACUACAUGCGUCCUGUGAAAACCACGCCAGGCGAAAAGACAUGGGCGGGCGACGUCUGCAUUGCGAAUCUAGUCAACACGGAAAAGGAACCCCAGACCAGCGAAUAUUGGAGUGCAGUGAACUUUUUCAGUGGCCGCGACAUAUUCGGACACGCUGGGCGCAACAUUGAUCCAGAUAACUUGGGGCCUGCUGCUGCUGAGAAUUUGUACAAGAAUUGGGACUUUGGCGGGAGUAAAGAGGAGAGCAGGAUGUUCAACGCCCUCUCUAGGUUUCAUGUUGGAUGGGGUUCGAUGGCGAUCGUGAGAAGAGCUAUGGAGGGGCGUAAUCGAUAG